GUUGAUUUUCAAUUAAAGUAGAAUUCUUUUUCACCAAAAUCCCAUUUAAUACUAAGAAAGAACUGAAAAUAUGAGAAGCUAUAUUUUACUGUUCAUUUCUAUCCAGCUUGCCUUUGCUACAAUUGGCAGACAUCAUAGAGAUAGCGGAUUUCUGAAUCACGUGCAACUAGUGCAUGAAUUUCGGUGUUCCAUGCCACAACCGAGAGCUAUACCAGUGGCAGAACUUCUAACUGUCGGCCCUAGCCCGGACGAAGUUUUUUAUCCUGCAUCUACCGUUUUGACACGUUGCAAAGGAGCAGGAUGUUGCCCGGAUCCCAAACAGAUUUGUGCACCUAUCGAAACCAGAAACGUCAGUCUUGUUUUCAUGGUGAAACACACGAUUGACCGACAACGUGACAGGCAUCACGAAGUGAUACAUGCUUUGGAACAUACAAAAUGUGGGUGUGUCCAUAAAGGAAUGAUAAAAUUUGAUUGAUUCAUUCUAUUGAAAUUUUUUCUUAAAACAGCAAUGAAAAAUACUUAUGCGUUGUUAUAAGAAUAUUAUAAGUAGUUACUUAGUUACUCGUUAAAAAAUCGAAAUAUACCAAAAUAUUUAUAAUCGCGCGAUUAAAUAACAUUACAUAAUUAAUUUUAAUAUAGGAUAAGUUCCUCGAUUUAAUCACUCUUCUGUUGACUGUGAUAUUUUUAUAA